UCACCCUGAACCUCCAUUGCAAUUGACGAGUUGGAGCUUGGACCUCCGAGGCCUGCAGCGACGCUGGAGAUGGAGCUCAUGGCCGCCAUCAUCAAGAUCUUGGCCUUGGUCUCCGAGGCAUGCUGCAACGCGGAGAAGCUCCCGGCGGCGCUGGUCUCGUGCGGCGUCGUCGAGGCCGCGGCGGCGAUCUUCCUCGCCUUCUUCAAACCGCCCGGUGGUUUGUUUGAGCACCACGGCAAGGCGCUCUUCUGCCUCUACUACGGCAUUCUCGGAGGCGUCGCCGUCUUCGGGUUCGCGGAGGCGUGGGCCGGACUGUGGGUUUCCGGCGACCUGGUCCAGCGGCGUGCCGUCGGGAAGACGAUCCUGUGGGUGUCCAUCCUGCCUCUCGUCUUGGUGGCUGCGCUUGGAGGCUUCGUCUUCAUGAAAUAGCUGCACCCUCUGUUGUUUACAUAAUCUCUGAUUCCUCUGUUGUAUGAGUAUGUACUGAUCUCUUGUUCCUCUGCGUGUUCACACCAGAACCCAGUUCUGUGUGAGCAUCAUGUUUGAUCCUGCUUUGUUUAUGGUAUUUCAGUAAUCAGUUGGUAUAUGUUCCCUUUGUUUA